UUUCGCGAUUGUCGGACCGCGCGUACGAAUAACGGGAAGGUGUUCUCGAUCGCGUGCUCGUUUCAAGAGAAACCGGACGUCCUCUUCGCGGAUCCCUAUCCUUUCUUCCAAAUAAUCGAACAGUGAUCUGACAGUGUCCAUAGACGGGAUCGACCUAGUGAAAAAUUUUACCAACCCUCUUUAAUUAACCGGGUCACACUACUGUCGGGAUGUUAUAACCAGUAUUUAUAAUUAACGAAACUGGAAGUACGGAUUGUUCAGACGUUUUUAUAGUGUAUAAAGAAUUGAAAGGGUUGAUCAUGAGGACAUGAUGAAAUUUCUUUCUAAAAGGAACAGCUAAUCUUUAUCCAAAGAAAAUUUUCCACGUGUGUUUCCUUCGAUUCGUUUCGAACGCGAAGAGGUCGACGAUCGAACGCGAGUUUCCGGUGUCGUAGUAUGAUGACGGGUCACGGGUUAAUGAGAGCUCGGACGAGAUAAUGUCGCGUAAUGGUUAUGUAAGGUUGAACAUUGUCGAUGAAUAGUGGGCACCGUAACGAGCGGUGUAAUUAACUUAUUCGAUGGGAAUAAUUAUCGAACGUAGCCUAUCAUUUUAAAAAAGUGAUACGUUCCACUGUGAAGAUUCGAGUGGAUGUUGGGUGUGGAAAGCAUGCUACGGAGGACAAGCAUCGUGCGGUGAACUAUAGUGUUCUGGUGUUCCAAAUGACGACGGGGUGGUUCCAGUGAAAGAGACGGAGUGACGCGUAUCUAAGGAACUCGUUUUCCUUUUUCCCGGUCCGUGAAUGUUCCCAGAUAUUCGUCGGAUAAAAAGGAAACGUGGCGCGGACAAUGACGAUUUCUUGAAGAUUUUCAUCGACCCGCACGACGAGGACCUGAAAAUGUGUAACACCGUGGCAAAGUGUCCGUGAACGUUCGAGUUUCGUGUAUUUACGUAUCCCUUCUCGCCUUGUAUAGCAUUCUGUCCCGUGACAGAAGUACGCAAGAACGAUGUCAUAGUCAGGUGCGAGUUGAGGUCACGACCGACACAAUGGCACUGUUGUUCGCCAUCAUUGUCAUCUUGGUCACCACUGCCAUGUCGCUGCCGCCGGUCAUCAGAAUCGGCGCGAUCUUCACGGAGGAUCAAAAGGACAGUCCGUCGGAGUUGGCGUUCAAAUACGCCAUCUAUAAAAUCAACAAGGACAAAACCCUGCUGGCGAACACGACCUUGGUCUACGAUAUACAAUACGUGCCUAAGGACGAUUCUUUCAGGACCUCUAAGAAAGCUUGCAAGCAGCUGUCCAGAUCGGUCCAAGGGAUCUUCGGCCCGUCUGAUCCUCUUCUGGGCGCUCACAUACAAAGUAUAUGCGAAGCUCUGGACGUGCCGCACUUGGAAGCCAGGGUCGACUUCGAGCCGACGUUCAAGGAGUUCAGUAUAAACCUCUAUCCCUCGCAGGACCACUUGAACAAGGCUUUCAAGGAUCUGAUGUCCUUUUUAAACUGGACCAGAGUGGCAAUUAUCUACGAGGAGGAUUACGGAUUAUUUAAGCUGCAGGAUCUCGUUAAAUCGCCACCUUCCACGAGGACGGAGAUGUACAUACGCCAGGCAGGACCUGGAUCCUACAGGCAAGUCCUUCGGGAAGUCAGACACAAGGAGAUUUACAAACUGAUCGUCGACACGGAUCCCGCGCACAUGCAGCAAUUUUUUCGAGCGAUACUACAGCUGCAGAUGAACGAUUACAGAUAUCACUACAUGUUCACCACGUUCGACAUCGAAACGUUCGAUUUGGAGGAUUUCAAGUAUAACAGCGUGAACAUGACUGCGUUUCGUCUGGUGGACCUCGAGGAACCAAAGGUGGCGGAAGUUCUCCGACAGAUGGAACGCUUCCAGGUCGGCUUCCAGCCGAUUGGCCACGCGAUCCUCAACAAAACCGGAGUUAUCCAGGCAGAACCAGCUUUGGUGUACGACAGCGUGCAGGUUUUCGCGCACGGUUUGGCGGCAUUGGACCGCAGCCAUGAGCUGAGGCUCGCUAAUUUAUCGUGCGAGAAAGAGAAACCCUGGGACGACGGUCUUUCUCUCUACAACUACAUUAACGCCGCAGGCUUACACGGGCUAACCGGACAUAUCGAGUUCAACGAAGGAAAGCGGAACAAUUUUAAGCUGGACUUGCUGAAAUUGAAAAAAGAAGAGCUGGUGAAGGUGGGAGAAUGGAAGCCUGGUUCCGGAGUGAACGUUACCGACGUUGGGGCUUUUUAUGAGACAACCGCCACUAAUAUCACCCUGGUCGUUAUGACGAGAGAGGAGAAACCUUACGUGAUGGUGAAGGAGGACAAGAAUCUGACCGGAAACGCGAGAUUCGAAGGGUUUUGCAUCGAUUUGCUCAAGUGGAUCGCUGGUCAAGUCGGGUUCCAAUACGCCAUAAGAGUGGUACCCGAUCACAUGUAUGGCGUUUACGACCCGGAAACCAAAGAAUGGAAUGGAAUCGUCCGGGAACUGAUGGAGAAGAGAGCGGACCUGGCUGUCGCAUCCAUGACGAUAAACUAUGCACGAGAAAGCGUGAUUGAUUUCACCAAACCGUUUAUGAAUCUCGGUAUCGGGAUUCUGUUUAAGGUGCCCUCCAGCCAACCAACGCGUUUGUUCUCCUUCAUGAACCCGUUGGCCGUUGAGAUCUGGUUAUACGUGCUGGCCGCGUAUAUGCUGGUAAGCUUCACCCUGUUCGUCAUGGCACGAUUCAGCCCGUACGAGUGGAACAAUCCUCACCCAUGCCUCGCGGAAAGCGACGUGGUCGAGAACCAGUUCAACGUCAGCAACAGCUUUUGGUUUAUCACUGGCACGUUCCUCAGACAGGGCAGUGGGCUCAACCCCAAGGCAACUAGCACGAGAAUCGUGGGCGGAAUCUGGUGGUUCUUCACCCUGAUCAUCAUCUCCUCUUACACGGCGAAUUUAGCGGCUUUCUUAACAGUGGAGAGGAUGAUAACGCCGAUCGAAAACGCGGCCGAUCUUGCUGAGCAAACCGAAAUCGCUUACGGCACUUUGGAGGGUGGCAGUACGAUGACCUUUUUCAGAGAUUCGAAGAUCGGCAUAUACCAGAAGAUGUGGAGGUUCAUGGAGUCGAAAUCACCCUCGGUGUUCGUGAAGAGCUACGAGGACGGGGUGAAAAGAGUAUUAGAGGGUGACUACGCAUUUCUGAUGGAGUCUACCAUGCUCGAUUAUGCGGUGCAACGAGACUGCAAUCUCACACAAAUCGGUGGUCUGUUGGAUAGCAAAGGAUACGGGAUCGCUACGCCAAAAGGUUCACCCUGGAGGGAUAAAAUAUCUCUGGCGAUUCUGGAGCUACAAGAGAAGGGGGUGAUACAGAUCCUGUACGAUAAGUGGUGGAAGAACACCGGGGACGUGUGCAACCGGGACGAGAAGAGCAAGGAGAGUAAAGCUAACGCGUUGGGCGUCGAAAAUAUCGGUGGUGUCUUUGUCGUGCUUCUAUGCGGCCUGGCGUUAGCGAUCCUCGUUGCGAUCCUCGAGUUCUGCUGGAACUCGAAGAGGAACACCCAAUCGGAUCGGUCGCUAUGCGCCGAGAUGGCCUCGGAAUUGCGGUUUGCCGUGCGCUGCGGCUCCAGGCAGAGACCAGCCGCGAAAACGCGCAAUUCCGAUGCCGCGGUUCCCUGCGGUCGUUGCAGUCCACGUGCCAGCAGAAGAAGGACGCGAUAUUGUUCGACCGGCCACGAAGAGACCACCUACAUACCAAGCAUCGAGAUACCACGGUUAAAUGCAGGAGGGUGGUGCGUUGUCGAUGACGGAGAUGAAGAAAUCAUUGAGCUUCGAUCAAGUGGGAGCGGGCCGUGGCGGGAACACCUAGCACAGGCCUCAUCCUCGUCUUCAUCCUCAGCAGCAGCAGCAGCAGCAGCAACAGCAACAGCAACAGCAACAACAGCAACCGCCACCGUGCAAAGCCACGCCCACGCACACACGUCACACACACUGCCACUCACAUUUACACAGUCACAGUCACAGUCAUACGCACAAGCACCAACCACCCCCACCGAGGCAGAGACGGGGUUCUUCAAGCAUCGCCUUGGGUCAAGGAGGUGACCACCCUGAGAGUAUUCUCUGGAGAUUCGACUGCGACCUGGCUGGUGAGCCAGACGUGGUGAUAUCGCCGCCACCACCACCGCCGCCACCCUCCGCGGUCGUCUCGAGGACCACGACCCUUUGACCAAUACUCGAAGAGGUGCCGACAGGUGUGCCCGUCCAGAAGGAGCUGCCCACCCAGGCAUCGGUGGUCGUGAACGCGGUCGAUCAAAAGGAGACUUGCUUAUAGCAUAUGUAGUCGCCGGGGUGGCUGAGUCGGCCGCCACGCGGCCUGUCCUGCCCCAUCGGCGACCUUCGAUCAUCGAUCGACCAGCUGUCCACGUGACGAUACAAAAAAAAAAAACUAACAAAUUUUCUUUGUUCAAACGAAGACCCGUGGACGUUCUGUGUGCCAAAACUUGAUCCCAAGAAAUUCGAUCGGGAAAUCGUAUCCGAGGACCAUGUAUCGAAACGAUAACGUUCGAUGAAGAGUACGAGGUCUUGCCAGACCACGAAUACGUUGCAAGUAGUAGAAUGUUCUUAAAAAGACGCUAACUUCAACGAAGAUGAAAAUCGAACGAGAGCCAUCUGUUACUAAUGAUCCCGGCUCGACGAUCCACGAUAAAUGGUGGACGCAGUGAUAAAACGGGAUCGAACGUACGGCUUUGGAAAGGUGUCGCCGUGUAAACGGCCAGACGGAGCUGAAUGGCAAAUGAAACACCGUGUGCAACGCCAAUCAACUGGGAAACGAUCCCGUGUUUCCCAGCACGAGGACUUUCGAGGCUGACGGGAACGAAUCGAAGCUAAACGGCCAAUUGAAUUGCACCCACUGCCCCCUCACCCCCUCUCCCACCGCUGAUGCAAUGAAACUGUACGUCGUUCGACAGCUAUUAUAUUGGUUAUCCGAUUUACAAGCUAAACAUAUCGAAAUGGACAUGUAAAAUAGACUCGACGAUUCGAGUUCCAGUUAGGAUAUAGUCAGGGUGGUUGGAGUUAAUAUGGAAAUGGUAGGUAUGCAGCUGGUCGUCUGUUGAAGAUACAUUGAUUAAAAAAUUCCGGAUUAGCCUUUCAUUUUGAUAAAUUAACAUAAAGCUACAAUUAGUUUUCUUUUGGUAAAUUAUUAAAUAUCAACUCUUGCUACCCUGGCCAUAGCUACGAGAUCAUCAUCGAUAGACCGAAGAAAAUCAAAUUUCAAGAGUGAAUAAUGUAUGAUUAGACUCGGACCAAACUCCUAGUGUUCACUGCCAACAGCUAGCCUAACAUAGUCGAAGAGCUUUGAAUCGGACGAGUGGAUAGAUUCACCGAUGUUCACGGCCUAAAGAGGAUGAGCUGAUCAGCUUCUGGGAUUCGAAUGGACCAACGAAUUUUCGAAUUAAAAAUUCAAUUUCAAUCGCGAACGUAUGCACAACGAAAGAAACCCAAAGCUGCUUAUCAACAGCGUCACGGUUUAUUUAAAAAAGCAAACGCAGUGAAAGGAAUUCGAGUUCGCUCAGGAUGAAGUACAAAGUUUCGAAAUCGUCAUCCAAGGACUGCCAUUUGUUUCCUUGCGAAGGAUCACGGUGAAGGACCAUGAGUUUUAUACAGGUUUAAAAGGACGCAGCAAAAUCGAAGCCUCGAAACAUCGGAAGUGGAAUGUUUCAAGUGGAAACGCACUUAUCCUGCGACGGAUUCAACGAACAGUUUGUUCGAAUUCUGUAUCAUAGACACGGUUGCACACGACGAUGAUUUACACGCAAAACACGCUUCAUCGGACGAUUGAAUAAAGGAUCACGUGUUCGUGCGUAUAUCGUAUAGUUUACAAUAACGUAAUUUUGUCGUAAGCAAGUGCGUAGCCGCGUAAGAGACCUAGUCAUAUUUUGACACGAUCGACGGUUUAUUAUCGAAUUAAAAAGAAAUUAAAAAAAAAAAAAAAACGAUAUAAACGUUGUAUAUACAGCGACUGUUUUUUCACGAAGUUCGAAGAGGCGACGCGUUGCAGAGCGUGUUUUUAGCGUCGCGUUGUACCGCGUAUACAUACAACACAGAUACAACACACACACUACACACACAUACACACCGAUGAAGGAGGUGAGAAGAGAAAUAAUUUCGAUUUAAUUAACACGUUCAUUGUCGAGCAGAAAAUUAUAAUCAUCGUUCACUUUUAUUUAUUAAAAAAAAUUGAAUUUGUUGACAACUAUGGAAGUUACAUAGUAGAUGUAAUUAAAUCUAUAUAAUCACUUUAUUUCAUAAAAUCUCAAGUAAUUAUUCUAAUUGUACAGUCAAUUGACAAUGAACGUGUUCACCCUUUCGCUACUUGUCUCCAGUGAACAAUUGAUUAACAAUUUUUUCAAGGAAAAUUUCUGUCAUUUUUUCAACCCAAACAACUACGCAUUUGUACCAUUAAUUAAUCCAGCGAAAGGGUUAAGAUCAUUAUUAGAAAAAAAGAUGGAACAAGAGCGUCGAAUGUGUAUAUGGAAUAUGUAAAUUGAAAAGAACAAAUCGUACCAAAAAUAGAGAGCAAUCUGGACGAGUAGUCAAGAUGAAAAAAAUGGAACAUGAAAUACAACGUCGAUGAAAACUGUUACAAAGGACGAAAACGACAAAAGCUUCGAUUACGUUGGAAAAAUAGAUUGUGAAAUUUUGUUUGAACGGCCAUAUUGUGGACGUAUUUUUCGAUUCCGAAUCCUUUGAACUGAGAAACAAGUGAAAUAUUGGAAAAUAUAUAAUUUUUAAUUAAUUUUUAUCUUUAAUAAUCAGAAUUUCAAUAUUCCAUUUUCACUGUGUCAGUCAACGCGUUAAAUAUUGAAUUAGGUGUAAAAGUUUGAUCAAGAAGAGCUAUCGAUAACUUAUACAAUUCUGAAAAAAGGUACUGUAAAUCCUUAAUCAACGUCAAUUAAUUAAGAUCGUAAAUCCGAUCGAAUUCGAAUAGACGUCUAUUUACUUUUAUCGAAUCACCAUUCAUUUUUCUCCAAUAUUUCCGGCUCCAUUUUUCUUGCAUCCGUGAUAACAAAUUCCAAUUCAGAUGCAUCGAAAGCACAUAUAUAAAUCGUAACAACGAUGGUACGAUUCGUUUCGACAAAUGGACCGAAAUCACUGCGAUUGCAUAGAUCAAGGAAAUAUCGUUCGACAGACAGGAAGCCAUUCAACGUGAUAAGGAAAAAUUACGACAAAUACGACAUUAGAUAGACAAGUUAUCGGGAUGCGAUGAAUUCGUAUGUGUGUGUGUGUGUGUGUGCGAUAGAAAAAGAAAAGAAGAGUUCAUGGACUAGUCAUCACUGGUGUGCCACUAUUCAAUAAAUAAAUUUUAUUUACUUAAUCGACCUAGACAUUUCUACACUUGGCGUAGCAGUUGGAACAACACAUUGACUUCCUUUUUCGCGAUUGAACGUCUGAGAAUUCGAAAGGAACCGAUCAUCAUUUUCAUAAUUUAUCAUAAUUUAUUGUUGCUAACAGUCUAAAUAAUAGAAGAUCCAAAUUCAAAAUUUUGUAUUUCAAUGAAUAUCUUUUCUAUUACUCCCAAAAUAUAUAAUAACCCACUAAUUGCCUACUUAACCCAAAAUAUAUCGAUUAAUUGAUUUAUUUAAAAAAAAAAUUGCAAUUUCCUUUGGAUUCUCAGUUGUCCGAUCGAGUGAAUGUGAUACGCAGCGAAUCGUCAACAUAAACAUAUCUCUCCGAACUAACAGACAAUUAAAUGUUGUUAUAUACAUGUUUUACUGAAUAUCAUUGUUAAUGCUUUUAUUUUCUACAUCCGUGAGACGAACCAGAUCAAAACGAUCCCAUAAUAGUCCCAAAACCCACGUUAACGAAUGUCAUCGAAUUACUCGAAGAACAUUCAAUGAUUCGCAGAAACAUUGUUACUCUGCCAAGGAAUCCAUCCUCGUUUGCAAAGUUACAUC